AUUAAGGAAGACAACGUGAUCGCGUGCGAGCCUCUUGCUAAGCCGGCGAGAGCAGCGUUGGAAAACAACAUGGGAAAGCAAAAGGCGAAGAAGAAGUACGCGGCGAUGAAAAGGAUGAUAAGUUUGAAGGAUCAACGAAUUAAACCACAGGAUCGUGCUAAACCACAAGAGAAAAAGAAGAAAGACCCGUCUGCAUUAAAAGAAACGGAAGUGACAAAGUAUCCGUCGUGCCUAUUCUUUCAAUACAACACACAGCUGGGUCCCCCAUACCACAUCUUGGUGGAUACAAACUUCAUCAACUUCUCCAUCAAGGCCAAGCUUGAUAUAGUACAGUCUAUGAUGGACUGUCUUUAUGCUAAGUGUAUCCCCUACAUCACAGACUGUGUCAUGGCUGAGAUAGAGAAACUGGGAAUGAAGUAUCGAGUUGCUUUAAGGAUAGCCAAGGAUCCUCGCUUUGAGCGACUCCCGUGCUCACACAAAGGAACGUAUGCAGACGACUGUCUAGUCCAAAGGGUAACACAGCACAAGUGCUACAUUGUGGCCACGGUGGACAGAGACCUAAAGAGGCGGAUCAGGAAAAUUCCAGGAGUCCCAAUCAUGUACAUCUCCAACCACAGGUACAACAUCGAACGGAUGCCAGACGACUACGGUGCUCCGCGGUUAUAGCUGAGUGGAAGUGGAAAGGGCCAUAAGCCACCUGUUCAUCGAAUUGCUUAUGGGAUGGUUUUAUUAAUAUUUUUUUUUGUUCUGUAACAGAUGCACACAUGAUUCCUUCUAAAAGAGUAGAGGGCUGAAAAUGACUAAAACUUGAUGUUCAGGAGAUAUAUGGCUUCUAUACCACAUUCAGAAUUAAUAGCUUGUUUAGAAAAUGUAAGUGGCCGUUCUGCAUUUGAUUUGUAAUAAAAUAAUAUGACACGAACAAGAAGAAGAGCAAACUCAAUCAAUGUUUUUCAGUUGUCUGUUUUGUCUGGCUUAGCGUCGUUGUUUCGCUGUUAAGAAAUAA